AAAGGAAGUGGAAGUGCUACAAGCAAUGUGUACCACGCUUCAUGGUAUGCUUUUGAAAGUAUGCAGUUCAUAAGAGACAAUUACAAACCACUCUCUCAUAGGAGCACACAUGAAGUAGUACCAGUCAUGGAAGCCCCAGCCAGAGAAGGAGAUGGUGAAGGAGAAGGAGAAGGAAGCAUUAGUUUCCCUUUCGAUGUCACAGAAAUGGAGGAGGUGACAUUUGCCACGCCCCCAGAAGACAUUGUGGAAGUGGAAACCACUCCACUCAUCUCUGUGCCUCCACAUGAAAGUGGAUGUGCAACCGUGGCACCCUGUACCACUCCAAGUCCGAGUGGAAGUGGUAGAUCAAGUGCACUGAAGAGAGCCAGGAGAGACCUGGAUGAAGACCGAGAAGGUCUUUUACAGACCUUAAGAAAAGUUGGCGACAAUUUAGCAGGCAGGAAAAGGGACCAGUUUACCCACUUGGGUGACUUGGUCGCCAAUAAGCUCAGAUUUCUGUAUGAAAAUGGCCAUACUACAAUUAUGGCAAGACUUGAGAACGGAAUCUACAGAUGUUUGCAGGAGGCAAACGAUGAACUAAUAAAUGCAAAUGCAACAUAAUUUAUGUAUUCUUUAAAAACAUGUAUAAACGUUGAAAUAUGCAUGUAAUGU